AUGUCGAGGGACGAUGAGCCGUCAUAUAUAGAUUACGAGGCAUUUCUCGACCCCGAUUUCUCGGCUACAUGCUUUGCCAACACGCUUGUGCUUGCAACGAACAACGCCUCAGACACCCCACUCGACCUGUCCACGCCGCUGUCCAGAGUUCUGUUUGACGUACAGGAAGUAGAUACACACAUCGACACACUCACCACCAAGUCUGCACUACCCCUCCUCGAACACACACGCGACCAUGCUGAGUCAAGCGGGCGCAUAUUGGCUGAGGUGGAGGGACAAGUUGCAAGCUUGACAGAGAGCUACAAGACGCUGGAGAAGGAAGUCAUUGAGCGAUACGAGAUUGCCGAACAAGUGCGCCUCACUGCUGAGCGUCUUGUCGAAACCGUCAGACUGGGAAGAGCCGUGGCACGGUGCCUCAUGCUGGGACGACAGCUGGAGGUGCGCAUGUCUGAAGUCGGCGGCGUAGGCAGCGCAAAGAAGGAGGACCACAGGGCGAUGGUCAGGAGUGCGGACACGAUACUGUCCCUCCGCCAGAUAUUCACGAACACCAAAUCGGGGCAAGAGGGCGAAGGGCUGGACAAAGUCAACGCAAUCAACACGCUAAAGAACGAGCUCGUCGUGCCCGGGGAAAGGAAUAUCGCAUCGCGCGCCCAGCAAGUCGUCAAAGAAUUCAGCAUGUCAUCGCUGCUCUCCUCGGGCCAAACCUCGGCAAGCACCUUCGCACAGACCGAAGACACAAAGAGCCGCACCACGUCCGCGCUCCAGACGCUCUACCUGCUCUCCCCGAGGACGGCAAGAACAACGCCUGAGUCCUUCGAGCCAACCCUCAUGCUCACGGCGCUGCAAGACUACCUGCAAACGAGCUUGAAGAGCUCGCUCGCAUCCCUCGCCCGCGCACUCACCCAGCUCCCACAACUGGAGCGCACGCUCCUCGAGAUCUCGGCGCGAUGCCAGAACAUCGUAGCGUUGCAAUCGCUGCUCUCGUCCACCAAGCCGCCCGUGCAUCCUCUGCUCUCAGGGGCUUCACAGCCGAAAGCGAAGAGCGACAACUUCCUGCAGCCGCUCCUCGCAGCGCUCGACACCAGCUCGCUCCCGUCGUACUUUUGGAGAAGCCUGGCGUCCAACAUGGCGCCGAGGAUGCAGGAGAUCAUGUACAAGGGCGGGGUGAGCGCGAGGACGCUGCGGAGCAACAAGGAGAGGGUGAGGGAUGCGGUGAGGGAGUGCGUGGAUAGGGGCAGCAGGUUGCCUGGGGAGAAGGGGGGGAGGAAGGGCGAGGGCUGGGAGAGAGAGGCAGCGGUCAUGGUGGGGAGUGUUGUUGGGGGGAUAAAGUGA